UCCAAACGGUAUUCGGAAAAUGCAUGCUAUUUAAAUUCCAAAUCUCACUCUCACAUUUGGAUUCCUAAUUAAGAUCACAUCCCACACCUGACUCUCUAUCUACCUGCUCCAAGUCCUCGGAAACCUGAAAAAAAGCCCAAACGUCGUCGUUUCGGCCGGCGAAUAUUGGAUGGCGUCGUCGCUGGGCAUUCACUGCGGAGGCACCCGAUAUGUCGGUCGACGUCAAGAUCAGAAUAACCUGUGCAGUUCUUCUGACUACGCUCCUCGGCGGUGUUCUUGUUCCGUCGCGGUCCCUUCUCCGAGGAAUCGCUGCAGGGGCAAAAUCGUAAAUUCGUCUUGUGUGGCGGUGGCGGAAACUAAGAGGAGCGUGGGGCGGGAAAGGAGCGGGACGGCGUCGGCGUACGAGAAGGUGGACGAGUGGAUGAGGGAUUCGGUGACGGAGAUCGUCAAGAACCUAAGGGAGGCGCCGCUGCUGGUCCACGUGUACGGUCGGGAAGAGAAGCGGAGGAUGGAGACGGAGAAGAAAGUGGAGGAGGAGAAUUGGGACGCGCUGAAGGGGAAGUGGGAGGCCGGAGAGGCGCCGUUGCCGGAAGGCGUUAUAUUCGUGGAGGAGCUCAUGGACGACGGCGAAGUUGACGGCAAAGAAGAUUCCGGUAUCGAUGGGAUAACGCGGGCGUGGGGGUUGGUGGUGCAGGGCAAAGGGGAGGAGUGUGGGCCAGCUUGUUAUUUGUUGAAGACGAGUAGAGUUAAUGUCGGGUCGGGUUAUGGGCUGGGGAUGGGGAUGGGCUGCACUCAUUUUUGUUUGGUCCGGGUCAAGAGUUUUAGGGAGACGGCCCAGUCGCAGCUCAAGAACAGUUGGUUGUUGCAGGCACAGAUGUAAAGGUCAGGGAAGAUGAUAUUCGGCCAAUUGAAAAUCGAAGCUCAGUUUGGCCAUUGAAAAUCGAAGCUCAGUUUGUAAAAGAACAUUUACUGAAGCUCGAAUCCCAAUUGAUUAUUGAUGUUCUUUUGAAUCAUAUUGGUUCAUCAAUCAUCAUGUAAAUUCCCAAUUGAUUAUUGAUGUUCAUUUGAAUCAUAGUGGUUCAUCUUGUAAAUUCGUGUGAGUAUUGAAAUUCAAAGAGAGUUUAUUGAA